UUGACUCAAUUUGCCCUUCUUUCUUGUCAGUUGAAGCAAAGAUAAGGACAAGAAGAGAGAGAUUUGGAGUGUUUGGGAAGUGAGUCAUGGAAAAGUGGGUGUCAAUGCCAAAGGUAGAGCUUCAUGCUCAUCUCAAUGGAUCUAUCAGAGACUCUACAUUGCUAGAACUUGCUAGAGGUUUGGGUGAGAAGGGUGUCAUAAUUUUCGCUGAUAUUGAGCAUGUUAUACAGAAAGAUGACCGGUCUUUAACCGAAGUGUUCAGGUUGUUUGACCUUAUCCACAUUGUUACUACUGACCACAAAAUUAUCACAAGAAUCACCAAAGAAGUUAUUGAAGAUUUCGCUGCUGAGAGUGUUGUGUAUUUGGAGCUACGAACAACUCCGAAGAAAAAUGAGUCCAUAGGGAUGACCAAACACUCGUACUUGGAAGCAGUUCUGGAGGGUAUAAAAGCUGUGAGUACAGUUGAUGUUGAUUUCAGGCCUCAUGAUUCAGAGAAUUUUCCACAUAGAAAUGAUACAUGUAAUGGAAGUACAAGGAAAAAGAUUUAUGUGAGACUUCUUUUGAGCAUUGAUCGUCGGGGAACCACAGAAGCUGCAAUGGAAACUGUCAAUCUUGCACUGGAAAUGAGAGAUUUAGGGGUAGUUGGUAUUGAUCUUUCUGGCAAUCCAAUUAUGGGAGAAUGGACUACAUAUUUGCCAGCAUUAAAAUUUGCUAGAGAGCAGGGUCUUUAUGUAACCCUUCAUUGCGGAGAGGUGCCUAAUCCAAAGGAGAUACGAUCAAUGCUAGAUUUUCUACCACAGAGGAUUGGUCAUGCCUGUUGCUUUGAGGAAGCAGAAUGGGAAAAGUUAAAAUCUUCAAAUAUUCCGGUUGAGAUAUGUUUGACAUCCAACAUCAGGACCAAUACAAUUCCAUCAAUCGAUGUUCAUCAUUUUGCUGAUCUGUACAGUAAAAAGCAUCCUCUAGUCCUGUGCACCGAUGAUUCUGGGGUCUUUUCUACCAGCCUUUCCAAUGAGUACAACCUUGCUGCUUCUGCAUUUGGUCUUGGAAGGAGAGAUAUAUUUAAGCUAACAAAAAAUGCGGUUGAAUAUAUUUUUGCUGAUGACGGAGUGAAGAGGGAACUAAAGGAGAUUUUCAGCUCUGCUGAACAGAAGCUCGACCUAUAAUUUACCUUUCGAGUUUAGGGGCAAAUGCAGGAAUGCUGAUAAUAUACUCGUAGAUGAUUCUUAGAGCACCAGAUAGAGCAAGACAUUUCAUUUCGUAAGUCUUAUUAUCAACUGUCAUCGACAUCUAUAGAACGAUACUCUUUUCUUCAAGUAAUAUUGC